AUGGAGAAGGCGAGGAGGCCUCAGGUGCCGGCGUUCGGGGAGUGGAACUACUACUACCACUACGACGAGCCGGAGGCGGCGUGGUACGCCAUGCCGGAGCCGCAGGCCUGCAGCGACGUGUGGUUCAAGUACUCGCCGCCCCCGCGCAAGCCCGCGCCCACGCCCAAGAAGCAGCAGGCGAGGAGGAGGCGGCCGGCGGGCUGCGACGGCGUGUCCGGGGCGCGUCAGAGCGCGAGGCCGUCCUUGGACGCUGCUGCAACGGCCAAGGGCGGCGCCUCCAGGCGGGUGGUGCGGCCGGUCGACGCGGACCUGUACCAGGUGCCGCCGCCGGAGUUCACCCCCAACCGGCGGCCAGUUAAGGUUGCGCAGCAGAGGAGGAGCCUGUGGAUGAUGGGCUGCCUGGGCUGCGUCGCCUGA